GGGGGACCGGCCGACCGAUCAACCAUCCCUCGCUUUCCCCCUUUCGAUCCCUCCCCACGUUUGUCCUGUCGUCCGGACCCAAGCGAAAGGCAGCAUCAUGUCCUCGCCCAAAGGCAAGACUGCCGCGACUGCGGCCACCAAGCCAUCGAUCUUCAACUUCAAGGAGCAGGUCGCCCGCUACGGCGAGUAUCAUAGCAACCGCGUGAACCAAAUCAUCCAUAUGAUCUUCGUGCCGGUGAUUCUCUGGACGGCCUUCGUGUGGCUGACCGCUGUCGGCCCGUUUGCCACCCUCCCUAAGGUGUCUCCCUGGGCCCAGCCCACGGCGGCCGUCAUCGCCGGGACCCUUUUCAACCUUUACUACAUCGCCCUGGAGCCGAUGACUGGCCUUCUCUACAUCCCACAAAUGUGCCUGCUCCUGUACUCGGCCUAUGUGUUUGCCCACUCACCGAGCGUGGCCCAUCCCCACUGGGUGGCCUUCGGCGUGCAUGUCGUGUCUUGGAUUGCCCAGUUCUGGGGCCAUGGCAAGCAUGAGGGCCGCAAGCCCGCCCUCCUUGACAACCUCUUCCAGUCCCUGGUCAUGGCUCCGCUAUUCGUGUUCCUCGAGACGCUCUUCCUGGUGGGCUACCGGCCGCAGCUCCAUCGGCUGGUCCGCAACGAGUCGGGCAAGCGCCGCGCCGCCUGGCUGCGCAGCCUGAAGAAGGCCCACUAGAAGGGCGCAUACACACCAGCAUGCGGUCCUCUCUCCUCCCCGUCUCCCCCACACCGGGGGGCGGGGCGGGGCGGAGGGGGGGACCGGCUCCGGGUAAGACACCCAUACAAUACACCCUACCAGCUUCCAA